GUCUCCUCACACUUCCCAACUUCCUGCAACAAGAUGGGUAUCCGACUCCUCGUGGCUCUCGGCCUCGUCGCCGCCUUCGUCAGCGGCGGCCACAUUGGUGGCGGCGGCGGCGGCGGCCAUGGUGGCGGUAUUGGUGGUGGGUAUGGCGGCGGCGGCAGCGGCGGCGGCUUUGGCGGCGGCCACGGAGGUGGCUUCGGCGGCGGCCACGGAGGCGGCAUCGGCGGCGGAAAGGGUGGAUUCGGCGGCGGCGGCGGCGGAAUCGGUGGUGGCUACGGCGGCGGCAGCAGCUUCGGCGGCGGCCAUGGCGGCGGCAUUGGCGGCGGUUUCGGCGGCGGCCAUGGCGGCGGCAUUGGCGGCGGUUUCGGCGGCGGCAAGGGAGGUUUUGGCGGCGGCCAUGGUGGCGGCAUCAGCGGAGGAUAUGGUGGUGGCAGCAUUGGUGGCGUCCAUGGCGGCGGCAGCGGCGGGGGCUUCGGCGGCGGAAAGGGAGGUUUCGGCGGCGGCCAUGGCGGCGGCAUUGGCGGCGGCAUCGGCGGCGGCGGCUUCGGUGGUGGCAAGGGAGGCUUCGGAGGCGGCCAUGGCGGAGGCAUUGGCGGCGGCAUUGGCGGCGGAUAUGGUGGUGGUAGCAUCGGCGGCGGCCAUGGCGGCGGCAUCGGCGGCGGCAUCGGCGGCGGCCAUGGCGGCGGCAUCGGCGGCGGCUUCGGUGGUGGAAAGGGCGGCUUCGGCGGCGGCCAUGGGGGCGGCAUCGGCGGCGGCUUCGGUGGCGGCCAUGGGGGCGGCAUCGGCGGCGGCUUCGGAGGUGGCAAGGGCGGUGGCAGCAUCUACGGCUAAGAUGAUUCACCCCCUACGCCCCUUCCCUCCCGUCCCGUCCCUCCCCUUCCCUUGCCC